AUGGACACACACAUGGACAUACACAUGGACACCGACGAUACCCCUGUCACAGCCACCACGCAGCAGCAGCAGCAACCUGAACAGCUCCAGCAGGCGCCGGUUUGUGAGCCAGAUUUUAUUGCUGCUGCUGAGGCUGUUGCCGACUACGAGUCGAGCGAUCUUUCAAGCUCAUCCGACUCUGACUCUGACUCCGACUCUGACGCAGGGUCCAAGAACAUACUCGACAUGAUUGCUGAGGCCGACGACGACAUCGAAGACAGCAACUACUCAGCUGCAAUCACCUCGCGCAACGAGAUCUUGCGCCCCGAGAUCCCCGCUGUUGCAAUCUCCAUGCUCCCGGCUACACAGGAAACCCGCCCACUGGGCACAGUCUAUUCGAUUGUGAAUGACACGGUGAUCAUCGAGUCAGCGCAGUCGGGUGUGCACAGCGUCCUGGACGUUGACGCCAUCAUUUUCGAGGUGUUUGGACCUGUAGCCCGCCCCAUGUACUCAGUGCGAUUCAAUGACCCGGCAGACAUUGACCGCGAGAAGUGCGUCAAGGGCGCCCUAGUCAUCUACGCUGUGGGCAUGGCGAAUGUUGUGGCCACGGAUAGACUGCGCACCAAGGGCUAUGAUGCGAGCAACGAGUACGACGAGGAGGUCAACGAAAAUGAGAUGGAGUUUUCGGACGACGAGAAGGAACUGGAGCAUCGGCGCCAGCUGCGGGCUAGGGUGAAGCAGCAGAAGGCGGAGCAGAAGGCAGAGCAGAAGGCAGAGCAGCGAGAGAAGCAGACGAGCCAGCCGCCUGCGCGCAAGCUGCAGUCGUACGGGGACCUGUAUGACGCCGACCUUGGAUUCUGA